AGAAAAACGCAACGCGCACGAGUUCAGAAAAUAUUAUUUAUCAUAUUUUUAUAAAACACUAACAUACUUGAAGUUUCAAAGAUAAAAUUUAAAAAUGUGUGGGUUAAAUUACAGAAAUAUCUACAAAUAGAGAGGGAAACCACGCCUACUUUUCCCGUACGUCAAUAGUUAAUGACGUAAAGUUGUAACUUAUCACCCUUCUAUUCUAUAUUUUUUCGACCGACAUGUAGACAGAGAUUGCAAUAAACAAGAAUACAACAAAUUUAUACGGAUUUAAAAAUAUAACCUAAGAGAAAUGAUAGAAUUCAAAUAUUUUGAUUUAGAAUGCAAACUGUCGAGAAAGUCAUAUUUAAAAAUGAUUGUCAUGUUGUUUUUACCAUUAAUUAAUACAUGUUUUGCUGAAACAAUUGUCACUUGUAAGGUUUUUGUGCUUCCCAUUGGACCUGAUUCAUUUAACUGGACAUCAGAUGGUAAAAAUGAUUUUUCAUAUCAAGCAUCACUCAUAAAUGCUCCUGAUUUGCCACCAUGGAUUCAUUACGUAUAUAGUAAUCACCAUCACAAGGGAUUUUUGUACGGUGUAGCGCCCAAGGAUCAAGGAGAUUUCAAGUUGGAAAUUGCUGGGCUAAACAAAAAAACUUAUGAAACAAAGUAUAAAGUUAUUAAUAUAAAUGUAAAAGAAAAAAAAAAUUUAACAACAUAUGAAGUAUAUUUAAAAAUAGACAAUUUAAAUAUUGAGCAGACAUUUGAUAAUUAUCGAAUGGAAAGACUUUUAAACGUUUUUCGUACCGAGCUAUGGACUAAAGCUAAAGAUUUACAUAUAACUUAUUUAGCAUCAGCAGUUGAAGAAGGUGCACGUCUUCCCUUGAAUCCAAUGGAGCCUGAAGGAGUUGUUUUAAAGCUUGGUAGCACAAUACCAUUUUCCCAUGACUUGAAUCAUUUCGAAGAAGAGUUAAGGCCAUUAAAAAUAAGAUCUCCAUGUCCGAAAGAUUUUAAACGGAGUUCUAGAGAAAUAGUUUUUCGUAAUGCUGGAUUUUUAUUGGAUUGGUGUUCUUUUAAAUUAAUUUCAGAAAAUCAUAGUCAAUUUCAAGAAAGUGCAAGACGUGAACCGAGUAUGAAUGUGAUUGGUAGAUCAUCAGUAGAAAUACCAGAACGUGUAGAAUGGCAGUGGGCAAGACCAAAGAAAUCACUUCUACCGAUGAGAAGUUACGUUAAAGAAAUUCUGUCAACUGUAUUUAUUUCGUUGGUUUUGCUUUUGAUAUUGUCUUCUUUAUUAAGCACAACAUUUUGUUUUCAUCAUGAUAAAAUAAAAGAUCCGGUAUCCAAAAAAUAUUUUUAUGAACUAUUCAAUAUUUAUGAGUUGGAUCAUAAUCGACAAAAAAGCAUGAGGCCAACAAAAAAAUUAUCAUUUGUUGAAAACAAUGAAAAAAAUGGAGUGCAAAUGGUUUAUUAUGCAACUACGCAAAAAGGAACAUUACGUUCUUCAACAGGACUAUCAACGAAUCCAGAUGAUUUAUUGUCACAAAAUUCAAGAAUCAACAUAGAACGAUGCAAUCCUUACAUUCGGCCGAAUCCACCUCCAUAUAAUGGCCCUAAUAACAUUGGAACUUUGCGUGUAAACUUUUGACUUCACGAGGAGCCAGCUAAGACGUGGUUUUGCUGAGUACACUUCAGUACAAUUAACACAACAAAUUUCGCGCUUGAGCUGUGCAAAACGCAAUCAAGUAUUACAGUAAUUCAGGGCCAGUUUGUCAAUCUAAAUUUUUUAACCCGAGAUCAAAUUACUAUUGCUAGAAUAGUAGUAGGUAGAGAUACUAGCAAUAAUUUAAUCCCGGAUGAAUAGAGGUAUUGAGAAACUGGUACUGAAUAUUGAAGCGAAAAACAAAUCACGAAGUUUUGAUACUGGCUCCAAAAUAAAAUCUUAAAAAUACAUACAAUGGCUGCGUUCAAGUUUACUAAGUCAAUUAAAUUCUUAGCAGAACUUAUAAUAUGAGACAUCCUAUGAUUGUACUCCUGGUACAAGUAUUCAUAAGAAAUGAGUAGAGAAGAGUAAAAUAUACUUAACACUGUUCAAAACUUGGUAAACUUGAAAACCAUUGAUUCUAUUAUACCUAUAGGUAUAGGUAUAGGUAUAGUAAAAUAUGUUUCUACUGUACUUAAUCUUACUUAGUAUACCGAGGACUUAGUUUCCGAAACUUGCCCGAUAAGGACUCGGUGCCUAGUCGACUAAUACCAAAGAGAGUGAAACUUUGUUUAGUAUGAGUGAGAUAUUAUUUACAAUUAAUGAGUAUUUUACAAUGAGUGAAUGUGAAGACGAGAGAAAGAAAGAUUGUAUGAGGGGUCAGGAGUGUGUCAUCAACUGAUCCCAACAAUUUUAUAUCACAAGUGAUCCCUACAAAUUGAUUCCACCAUCCACCGAUAUCUAAUCCUUUAGAAAUUCUUGGCGCAAGUAAAAAUUUAUUGCGCCAAGGAAUCCUUAUUUUCUAUAUAUAUAUAUAUAUAUAUAUAUAUAUAUAUAUAUAU